GAGCGCGUGGCAACUGCAAUGGCAGUUUGAAUGCAGGCGAGGGCGGCUUGUCUUCACACAGUUCAGCUGCAGAUUAAACACGCUACGAUGUAAGGAAGUAACAAGCCGCCAGUGUCGUCAACAUUCUGGAGGCGAUACAGGUCGGUUUAUGGUGUCCGUCUCGGCAGUAAUGCAGGUGGACGGCUUUUAUUAGUUAGUUAAAGCACUGGAAGUUUUGUCUGGAAAGCACGGCAGGAUUUUCCCCCAUGUUGGAAAUGACUCCGCUCUGGAGCACAACUAGGGUGUUUUGAAACAGAAUGAAUGUCACAAACGGCAAGGCGACAAGUUACCGGGAUGAAGCGGUCUGCACUUUGCAAAUUUACCCCAGGUUUGCCAUCAAACCUGGGCAAGGCUGCAUCCUCAGGGUCCCAAAAGAAGCAACUGCAACCACUGUCAUCAAGACCGCUCUCGCCACACUUGGCAUGGACACAUCCAAGCCUUACGUCCUUGUGGAGGUCCAGGAGUACGGCGGAGAGGAGUGGGUCCUUCAAGCCAGCGAUCAGCCUGUUCAAAGGGUCCUUCUCUGGCCUAGAAAGGCCCAAGACAAGCACCCGCAAAGUGAUGGAUACUUUUUCGCCCUUCAAGAGGGAAGCUAUGAUAGAUCUAUCCAGUAUGACGUUAUGACAUCUGUCCGACAAGAAAAAGUAGCUCAGGGACUUGUGAAUCGAGGUUUUGUUACGCAGCAGCCACAGGAAUAUGAUGAUUUAUGUAACCUCCCUGAGCUGACGGAGGAGAGCAUCUUGGGAACCCUACGGCAUCGCUUCCACAAGCAAAAGAUCUACACAUUUGCGAGAAACAUUCUUAUCGCGGUCAACCCCUUCAAGUUUCUCCCUAUCUACAAUCCCAGAUAUGUCAAGAUGUAUGAGAACCAGACGCUGGGCAAGCUAGAACCUCAUGUCUUUGCCAUUGCUGAUGCUGCCUUCCACACAAUGCUGAACAAAAAGGUCAAUCAGUGCAUCGUCAUCUCCGGUGAGAGUGGUUCCGGUAAGACCCAAAGCGCCAACUUCCUUAUCCACUGCCUGACUGCCCUCAGCCAGAAGGGCUAUAGUAGUGGAGUGGAGCGAACCAUCCUGGGGGCAGGCCCUGUGCUUGAGGCCUUUGGAAAUGCUAAAACAGCAUACAACAACAACUCAAGCCGCUUUGGGAAGUUCGUUCAAGUGAAUUAUCUGGAGAGCGGCGUUGUGAGAGGGGCUGUUGUUGAGAAAUACUUACUAGAGAAAUGCCGCCUAGUGUCCAGAGGAAAAACUGAAAGGAAUUACCAUGUUUUUUACUACCUUUUGAUUGGAGCCUCAGAAGAGGAGAAAGAUGAGUUCAAGCUCCUGUGUCCUGAAAAAUACCACUACCUCAGAGAAGAAAUCCCAAUUUUGGAGGAUCAAGCAGAAAUGAAGCAUGAAUUCAGGAGACUUCAUCAGGCCAUGGAGAUGGUUGGUUUUCUGCCUCCGACCAAAAAGCAGAUAUUCUCUGUGCUCUCUGCUAUUCUGUACCUGGGAAAUGUGACGUAUGAGCCUAAAGUUGUUGGCGAGGGGCUUAAAGUUGGGCCAGAAAGUGUCCUUUCUGCUAUCUCUGACCUUCUUAAGGUUAAAGUGGAGCUGCUUGUGGACGCACUGACUACAAGGAAAUCAAUGACUGCUAAUGACAGGCUCAUCCUGCCUUAUAGCUUCAGUGAGGCCAUCACUGCCAGAGACUCAAUGGCCCAAUCUCUGUACAGUGCCCUGUUUGACUGGAUUGUCCUGCGAAUCAACCAUGCUCUACUUAACAAGAGAGAUUUGGAAGAGUCUGUCCCGUCCUUAUCCAUUGGUGUCCUGGACAUAUUUGGAUUUGAAGAUUUCAAGACGAACAGUUUCGAACAGUUCUGUAUUAAUUAUGCCAAUGAACAACUACAGUAUUACUGUAAUCAGCGCAUAUUUAAGCUUGAACAAGAAGAGUACAUGGCAGAGGGGAUCACAUGGCACAAUAUUGACUACCCUGACAACACUGGCUGCAUCAGUCUCUUCUGCAAGAAACCCACCGGGCUGUUGUAUCUGCUGGAUGAGGAGAGCAAUUUUCCUCAAGCCACAGACAGCACUCUACUAGAGAAGUUUAAGCAGCAGCACCAGGACAACCCAUUCUUUGUGCAGACCCCGGUGGGGGAACCAGCUUUUGUUAUCCGGCAUUUUGCUGGCAAGGUCAAAUACCAGAUAAAGGACUUCAGAGAGAAGAACACAGACCACAUGAGGCCAGACAUUGUUGCAUUGCUUCGAAGUAGUGAGUGCAGUUACUUGCGGCAGCUGAUCGGGGCUAAUCCAGUGGCUGUGUUCAGGUGGGGCAUCCUUAGGGCCACGAUACGCACCCUGGCUGUCUUUAACGAGGCUGGACGAAGAUGGGCAGAAAAACAUCCAAAUCAGGUCAGGCGCUACUCCAGGCGCUCCCUUGGGGAAAUGAAGAGACCCACCACUGUGGUAGAUACGUUAAAGAGUCAGGGGCCUUUGAUUGACUUUUCUUUUGAUCGGUCUGAAGAGGGUCCACUCGAAGCCUUUGAGGACAUUUUUACAACUUUUGAAAAUAAGAAGGAAUUGCAUGCCAAAGUCCUCCAAUCCCUUAAGCAGUUUGGUGGUGAAGUUCCUCAAAAGUUGCGUCUAUCCACAAUUUCUGUGAGGAAGUCUCGUCUCUUCUCUCAGAAGAACAGACAAAACAAACACAAGCAGCUAAUUCCUAAGAAUCUCAUAGAUUCACACUCUCUGAAGUUCAUUAUGGGCCUGAAGCAGCACAAUUGGGCGACCAGGUCGCUGCUCCAUCUACACACCAAGAAGAAACCUCCAAGCAUCAGCGCUCAGUUCCAGGCAUCACUAAGCAAGCUGUUGGAAACCCUGAGGAAAGCAGAACCGUUCUUUGUCCGCUGUAUCCGAUCAAAUGGUGAUAAGAGGGAAAUGCACUUUGAUGAUGCUCUAGUCCUUCAGCAGCUGAGGUACACAGGCAUGCUACAGACGGUUCGGAUAAGGAGGUCUGGGUAUGGAGCUAAAUUCACCUUCAAGGAGUUUACAGAUCAGUUCAGAGUGCUGCUGCCAAAGGAAAUAUCAACACCUCAACAGGACAUCACCAACCUGCUGACCAAAAUGGGAUUACCCAGCUCUAGUUUCCAGAUUGGCCGAACCAAGGUGUUCUUGAAAGAGUCGGAAAGACAAAUACUUCAAGAAGCCCUUCAUAAAGAAGUGAUGAGGAGUAUCAUCAUCCUGCAGAGAUGGUUCCGUGCCUGUUUGAUGAGGAAACAGUAUUUGCGCGAGAGGGAAGGAAUUAUAACUAUACAGCGAUCGUGGCGUUAUUUGCGGCAGUCAUACCGAAGCAGAGCAGCUAUUGUGAUCCAGGCUGCAUGGCGAAGGUCCAAGGAGAGAACUGAAUAUCUGAAGAAGCGAGAAAAGCUCAAAGCGCAAAUAUCUCAGACAGAGCUUGGCCAUUUGAACAAGAUUGAGGAAAACAAUCCAAGUCAGCAAAAGCCACAGCCUCCACUGCCUGAUGAAGCCCGCACACCCGAACAAAAGAAGACCGAGGAACUGAGCCCACGGUCAAACACCGGGACCAAGCCUAAGGUCACAAUACGUGCUACUAGAUUCACAAAGCAACUCAGCAUCAAUGAGGACCAACCCGUUCAAGAUUAUAAAGGCAAUAUUGGUGAUAGAGAAAGACAGCCAUCUCCUGCAGGCCUCCCUCGGCCUAUGUCGCUUCCACUGAACAUGAGCCAAAGUGGUUCUGAUGAAACUCAAAAUAAUGGACACCUACAAGGUCACAACAGGACAACCAGGUUGAUGGAGAAGCCUGAGAAAUGUAAGGAGAGGAGGGACGUAGCACAUAUAGAGAACGUUAGUGCUGAGAUGCUACGACUUCAAAACCUGAGAAAAUCAGGUUUACGGAAAUGUGGCAUUUCCCAGUCCCUGGAUAAUAUGUCCAGAAUGAGUUCUUCAGAGUCAAUCAGCUCAGCCUCAUCAUCCAAAAAUGAGAUCCAGUCACCUGUAGAAUCUGAUGAGAGCAUGAGUAUCACAAGGAGGACAAGCGAAGGAGUAAUUUCACCAUCCAGCACACCAGAAAGGCGGGGAUUCCUAAAAUUUUUUAAAAAGCGCCUGACACCCCAGGAUGGGAAUGUAACUAUGGCGAAGACAUUGGCAGAAAAAAAGGAGCUAGCCAGUGGCUCUCACUCCUAUUCUCCCCGUGUCAAGAACUGUCGCAACCCCACCAUUAAAAUCAGCCGAGCUACUCGUGUCCAGGAGAAGUGGAAUGCUUCACUGGACAGAGAGAUCACUGACAGUAAUGAACUUCGCCAGUUGGAUGAGUUCUUGGGAAAUCAGAUGAACGAUCUAAGUACCCGCACAAAGGAACUCUCAGAAACUGAGAAAAUCUUCUUUUUAGCCACCACGCAGUUCAGAGACACCAUCAAAACCAUGUACUCCAUAUCAAAUCCCAAUAUUGGCUAUAAGGACCUGAUGUCAGGUUACCAGACGAGGGUAUCCAGUCUCGCAGGGCUCCAGAAAGCAUUGGAGGUGCCGCUGGUGAUAAAUCUUUUUCAGUCAGUUCUGGAUGGAUUUAUCAGGGGGGAGCUCAAGCGACUGGAGACAGAGCCUUGUAAGGUUAAGGAGAGGAAUAGAAGAAAAUCUAAAAGAGAUAAAUGUCCUGAUGGCCCACUGGGUCACUUAUUUAGCACAUACCAGGUGACUAUUAUGCAAUCAUGUGACCAGUGCAGCUCGUACAUAUGGGGAAUGGAAAAGGCCUUCAUGUGCAGUUCUUGUAAAAUGGUGUGUCAUAAGAAGUGUCUGAGCAAGAUAACUGUAAAUUGCACGGGUCAAUGUGACAGGAAGAAAGAGGGUGAGCAGACACUCCACUUUAGUGUACCUCUCUGUGCCUUGGUCCGCACAGCUGAAUCUGUACCCUUUGUCAUGGAGAAGAUGCUGGUACAUGUCGAAAUGAACGGACUGUACACAGAGGGCAUCUACCGCAAGUGUGGCUCAGCCUGCCGAGCCAAAGAGCUUCGCCACAUUCUAGAGAAAGAUCCACAGGCUGUCAGUCUUGACAAUUACCCCAUCCACACAAUCACCGGCCUGGUCAAACUGUGGUUACGGGAGCUACCUGAGCCACUUAUUACAUACAGCCUCUACAAUGACUUCCUGUAUGCUGCGGAUCUGCCAGAAGCAUCUGAGCGAGUACGUGCAAUCUACCGAAAGCUGGAUGAACUACCUCCCUCAAACUUCUCUACUCUUGAAAGGCUUAUUUUUCAUCUUGUAAAAGUGGCCAAAGAGGAAACUCACAAUCGAAUGUCAGCUAACGCUCUGGCUAUUGUGUUUGCACCCUGCAUUCUACGCUGCCCAGAUUCUUCUGACCCUCUUCUCAGUAUGAAAGAUAUAAACAAGACCACUCUUUGUGUGGAAAUUCUGAUUAACGAGCAAACAAGGUGCUAUAAUCAGAAAAUGGAAGAAAUACAGCAGUUGGAAAAUGUGGAAGCUAUGGCCAUUAAUCAGCUCAAGCUCAGAAGGCAGAACACGAUAUUUGAGCGGCCAAAAUUAGAUUCAGAUGUCGCCUCGAUGGAGAGAGAAAUUGAAAAGAACCUGCUUGAAAGAAUCAGGUCUAUUAAGAAGGAAAAGAAUGAUUUGGCCUGCAGACUACCUGAGUUUGAACAGGAUAGCUCAGACGCUGAGAACAUGGACUCCGAAUCAUUAGACAGUUCUGAGAGUCUACUAGAAGACCAUUUUGUUGGUUUUGGAUUGGGAGGUUAGUUAUUGGGUAUAGGACAUUUUAAUUACUUUAUGUUUGGGCGCCACAGCAUUCUCUUUGUUAAAGAGGGCUUGGAUUUGCUGCUUUUGCGGUGAGCCAGUUGUUGAGCUUGAGUUAUUUAACCUGCUGUUUCUCUAACCAUGGGUUUGCACUGCUGCUUUUACAGAAAUUUUUACAAGUUUGUGUUAAUAUAUUUAGUCCUCAGUGGCUAAUCCAAAGCAUCUCUUUCAGCAAACAUCGCCUUGAACAGCUCCAAGCCAGAGAAACCUGCUAAACCUCCUGAUCCAACACGGGAUCCUAAAACAGAGAGCAAACAGCCUGCUGAAGAGUUAAAUCAAAACCGCUCUGCCUCACAUCGAGGUGGAGUCCAGUCCAUGUGUGUCAUCCAGAGCCAAGACGUCCCAAAAUCCCUCGCCGCCUCCUUUUCUGCAGGCAAUCAGGGCAAGAGACGGUUUUCAGACCUUGACAUUCCGUUUAUAGAUGAGGAUGUUUGACAUUAAGUUACAACAAAAAGAACAUAUUCUAAAAUCUGUGCAAAUGUUUCUUUCCUGCAACGGUUCAAACAGUCGAUAUCCCAUUUCUGACCAUAUCAACACUCACUUUCUUUUGAGGAAUAAAUCAAAUGCUUGGUUUAUGCAUGCUGUCUUAAACCAUGUUGUCCUGUUGUGUUUGUAGAAUACAUUUGUAAAACAAAACGUGGGUAUAUUUAAAAGAACUUUAAAGCCAUAAUUAAUUUGAAUUAUGUUUUGCUAAGAUUUAAAAAUUCCUUAUAUUCUUGGCAACACUUUGGUAGGUUAAAAUAUUUUAUUGAGAGUUUAUUAUUAUUAUUAUUAUUAUUAUUAUUGAUAUAUAUAUUUUUUUGUCUAAUCCAACUUUUUGUGUGGAGUAUAUUGGAGUGGUCUGGGCCUUUAGAUGAGUAGUUGUUCAUUAUUCUCACAACCAAGAACUGUUCUCUUAAUGCAAUAUUAAAUUCAUUGUUUUCUGUGAAAUUACUGUAAGUGGUAUAUGUCAUGUGUUUCAUAUGUAAAUAUUUGUUAAAACUUUUAAUUUUAAGAUUGGAAGAUGUUGGAAAUAAUAUCUCCGGGUUCUUGCAUUCAUGUUUUAUGUGCACUGUUGAAGCUGCUGCAAGAUUUCAAUGGGUUUUUUUUUAAAUGCACAGUUAUUCACGGCAGAUUCUGAGAUUUUUCUUAUCAGCAAUCAAAUUACAUUUGUUUUAAGGAGAAAUCUGCAAAAAAAUGUUUGUUUCAUAAAGGAGGAUGUUUUAUAUUGUAAGGAUAGUACAGAUAUGGUUACAACAAGUGUGUUAAAACUGGUAAGCCAGUGCUGCAUAUUGAAAACUAGAAAAAAUGAGAACACGCAUUUUUUGUUUUGGAAAUCUUAAUACAUCUUGACUGUAAAUAGUUUUAUGUUAUGGGAAUUUAAAUAAAAUUAUUUCAAAACUGCUGUUGGCAUUUAAAAAAUAAAGUUCCAGCAAAAUCA